AUGCGAUGCCGAAAGGAGAAUAUCAAAGAAGCUGUCGUCAAGCGCAGUAUGUCAUAUGGAGGAUUGUCCUUUGAUGACACUGCUGACACCAACAUCGAUACUGGUGAUAUCGAUAAGUACAUCGACGAGGCUUUUCAGUGGCUGAACUCCACUAUAGUCAGUAUUACCGCUAAAGGUGCCGAUACAGAUAAUGCUGUGAAAAAACUGAAAUCAGUCGCGCCUGUAGCCCCUCUGGUGUUGCAGGUGUCCAUGGGCGACGAUGAUCACUUACCAUCAGGAGAUCCGUUUGCUCGUCUGCCCCCUAUCCCAUAA